AUGACCAGCGUCCUAUCUCUCAUCAACCGCCCGCUGAUUGUGUCCGUCGGCAUUCCCGUGGUGCUUGGGAUGUCAUCCGGUCUCAUCACACAAAAGUCAGUUCGCGACUGGUAUCCAACCAUCAAAAAGCCGAGCUGGACUCCACCCAACUGGGUCUUUGGACCAGUUUGGACUACCCUUUAUGCAUCAAUGGGCUACGCCUCGUAUUUGAUUUAUAAAGCCGGCGUAGAGCGGCCUUUCCUUGAUACCACUGGGCCCCUUCAGCUAUACGCUACCCAGCUUGCCCUCAACGUCUUGUGGACACCCCUGUUCUUUGGCGUGCAUCAGCUUGGAGCAGCCAGUUUGGACAUUGUAGCCUUGUUUGGCACUAUUGUUGCGACUACUCGGGAGUUUGGAAAGAUUGACCGUCUAGCUGGAUGGCUAAUGGUCCCGUAUGCGGCAUGGGUAGCAUACGCUGGGUCUAUUACCCUGUAUGUAUGGUGGAAUAACAAAGAUACAAAGGGGAAGAAGAACUGA